AUGUCUCCGUCUGUACUCCUUGGCUUCCUUGUCCGAUACUCUCCGGAAUGGUUGGUUCGGCAAGUUUCAGACGAUAGCCAACAGAUUUCGUUAUCCAGUCAAAAAGGAAAGCCGGUUGGCUUAAUUUUUGGAUCCUACACUUGCCCCCUCUUCCAUGCGCACGGUCAUGACAUUGAAAAAGUCCACCAAAAAUACAAAGAGCAGGUAAACUUUUUGUUUGUGUAUCCAUCAGAAGCUCAUCCCACGGAAGGAUGGGCCAUCAAGGCAAAUGAAGGCAAGGACAUUUGCUUUGCUCGGCCCAAGACAAUGGACGAAAAGCGCCAUUUGGCACAACUGACCAAGGAUGGCUUCAAUCUCGGCAUGCCCAUUCUUAUGGAUGGAUUGGAUGAUCGAGUGGACGAUUUGUACGGUGGCAUGCCCGUGAGAUUGUACGUCAUUGACAAAGAUGGCAUUGUUCAAUUUCAGGGGCCGGUAGGUCCUAUUGGAUUCAGUGUGGAAGCAUGGGAAAAGACUAUUCAAAGGCUUGUCACAGCAAGUGACCAGUAA